GUCGGCGGUGCACUGUGUCCCUCGGACAUAGCGGAUCACCGAAAAAGCCGAAGAUGUCGGCUCGGUCAUGUGAUCAGCUGUGUCCAAUCACAGCUGAUCACAUGGGACAUGUACACUGAUCAUCAGGGCACUGAUGAUCAGUGUGCCCUGAUGAUCAGUGUAGCCCCAGCAGUGCCACCUGUCAGUGCUCAUCAGUGCCUCGUGCCAGUGCCCAUCAGUGCCACAUAUCAGUGCCUGCCAGUGCACAUUAAUGCCACAUAUCAGUGCCCAUCUGAGCUGCCUUUUAGUGUCACCCAUCAGUGCUGCCAAUCAGUGCUGCCUAUCAGUUCACAUCAGUGCCGCCUAUCAGUGCGCAUCAGUGCCGCUUAACAGUGCCAGUCAGUG